CUCGUUGCGUGGCGCACGUGCGAGCAUACUGUUGUGGGGCGACUCGACGGCGGUGCCAGUUGCGGCGACUACGAUAAUAUUAAAACGCUCACGUGCGGAGGGGUACGUCAUAAUAAGUAAUUGUUGUUGUUGUUGUUGUUGCUGCUGCUGUUGUUGUUGUUGCUGUUGUUUACGCCGAUCGCGACUUACAUUUUCGGACGAAUCAUUUGUUCACAAGUAUAAUAAUAUUGUAAUACCAUCUUGACCGUUUUAACACAUUUGAAUAUAUUAAUAUUGUACUGCCGUCGUCGUUGUCGUUUUUGUUGUCGUUGUUGUUGUUGUUGUUAUUGUUGGUGUUGGUGUUGUUGAAGUUGUGCCACGAGUGCGGUGAUUUUUGGCGUACAUCACACAGACCAGUAUCAGUCUUUUGAGAAAUUAUAUAUACAAAUUGAAUUUACACUUUUCUGACAAAUAUCCGAUCGGGUUCACAGAAAACCAGAAUCGUUUAUGAAGUACGCAACUAUGUAGGUAUAAACGAUUUCAAUCACAUCGGCACCAAUAGAAUAUAAAAGCAGUCAAUACCACUAAAUAUUGUGUGCAGAGACAUUAUCAACAAAACGUGAUUUACAUGUUGAACUAAUUCAAAUUUAUUACAAAAUGUUUAACAUGAAAGUCGUUUGUCCGUCCUGACGAUGACGAUGAAGACUGAAUGCGCAAUAUGAGUGUUGGCACGCAGCGGUAAUGGUUCUAUCGACGUCGACGACGACGACGGCGAUGAUGAUGAUGAUGAUGAUGACGACGACGAUGACGACGAUGACCAUCUCGUCGUCGCCGGGAUGUCCAGCGGGGUGCGCGUGCAAGUGGAAAAACGGCAAGCAAACGGUCGAGUGCGUGGACAAGAAGGUGACGAGCGUGACGUUGGCUCUAGGCAUCGACCCGGCCACGCAAGUGCUGGACAUAUCGGACAACGAUCUGUCGGCGGCUGGGCUGCCACACGACACGUUUGCCGCGGCCGGUCUUUCCAACCUUCAACGCAUCCACGCGUCCCGUUGCAACGUGUACUACGUGCAUGACCGAGCGUUCAGGGGCCUGACUAACCUGGUGGACCUGGACCUGUCCGGUAACUGUCUAAGGCAGGUGCCGACCGGUGCAUUCGCCGAGUGCCCGUCCCUGAUGAAGCUCAGCCUGAGCGGUAACCCGAUCGGCGACUUGCCGGCCCGGGCAUUCCGGCACCUCGGUCAGCUGACCGCGCUCGACCUGAGCGGCUGUGGGCUGACCGCCGUCGCAGUCGGCGCGUUCGAUGACCUCAGCGGCCUCGACUGGCUCAGGCUGGAUGACAACCUGUUAACACACGUUCCCGGGCCGAAUACGCUGCCCGCCCGGUUACACGGCGUCGACCUGCACCGCAACGACUGGCAGUGCGACUGCCGCAUGGUUGACAUGCACCGGUGGCUGACCGCCUCGCGGGUGCCGGUCACCGAGGAGCCCGUGUGCUCGGGUCCGGCCACUUACGCCGACGUGCCAGUGCGCCGGGUGUCGGUGGCCGAACUGGCGUGCGCGCCGGCCGCGUACCCGGCCACGCAACCUGUGCAGGACGUGGCCGAGGGCGUCAACGUUUCAUUCCGGUGUCUGGUGGCCGCCAUCCCAACGGCCACGGUCGAGUGGCUGUACGGCGGCGUUCCCGUGUACCGGCACAACGCGUCCGAGCUCAUCACCGUGGACGGAAACACGACAGCCGAACUGUACGUGUACAACGCGAGCGUGACCGACGCCGGUUCGUACGCUUGCGUGGCCGAGAACCGGGCGGGCAAGGCUCGCGUCAACUUUACGGUCACCGUCCGGCCCGGGCGACCGUUCCUGGCCGCGGGCACCGUCGACGACCGAUCCGCACCGUCUCAGUCGUCAUCGGCCACGGCGGGUGGCGGUGGUGGGACCAGCGGAGGCGACGGCCGACCACUACUAUACGUCGGUUGUUUGGCGGCCGGCUCGGUGGCGCUGUCAGCUGCGGCCGCCGUACUGGUGGCCAUCAGGUGCAGGCGGGUGAAACGCUCCGGCGCCGGCGGCCGAGCCGGCGACUCGUCGUCCACCUGCAAGCGAAGACCCACCGCACCCGCGGCUGACGGUUAUCGGACCGUCAGUACGACAGCCGACAAGGAGUUCUCGGUACCCUCGGCCCACCGUCCGGCAUCGGCGCGGGCGACCGCCACCUUAGUGACGGUAACAACGACGGGGCCAGAUGGGGCUGACGACACCACCGUCGCGACGGCCGAGAGCAAUCCAGACGUGGUGAGCGACGUGAAACGCACCGGAUGGGAGAUCGAUUUCGAGCAGAUCGUUUGGGCCGAAUGUCCGCCAGCCACCGGUUACGUUUCCAUACAGAUACCGGUGCAGUGCGGCAUCGAGUGUCUGGGUGCGUAUUACGCGACCGCCGCCGAGGCCGUGGCCGGAAGCCGCUGUGUUGGUGCCGGGGCCACUCUCCGGAGACAGCGCAGACGGGCGGCCGUGUUGACCGCUUACGACGACACCGUGCAGGUGGUGCGCACCACCGCGCAGGGGGGGUAUCCGACGACGACCACGGGGCCCGGGACGAUUGGCAUCCCUGCCGCCGCCGCACCGCCACCGACCAUCGUCGUGGACGACCCGGACGACGACGUCGGCGGUGGCGGUGUUGGCGGCGUCGCGCCCAUUAUUAGCCCUCCGUUGCCGUUCCGGUCGGGCGACGAAGACGGCGCCGACAAAGACGACUCCAUCGCGCUGUAAUAAUAGCUAACGGCACACCAAAGCUAUAUUGUUUUUAUUCAUACAUUAUAUUAUUGUAUUAUUAUUAAUUGUUCGCGAAAAGCCAUAAUAAUUAUUAUUACGUUCUUGGUGGCUCGACCGGAUACGAGUUUGUUUCGCGACAUGGUUUUUUUUUACCUAAGCAAUAUCAAUAAUUAUAUAAUUAAGCAUUGUAUUAUAUUAUAACGUAGCGUUACGGGUAUGAUAAUUAUUAAUACCAUUUUAUUAUUAUUAUUAUUAUUAUUACUAUUGUUAAAAUUAAUACAGGACUCUACGAAAGCAAGAAUAAUAAUUUUAAAAAUUGUCUGAUAGCUGUAAAGAAAUCCAUAUAUUCUCUUAAAACCACUUCAGUAGACCGCUAGAGAAACAAUGCUACACCUUCGAUUAAGGAGAUUAUAUUUAUAAUAUGAUAGCAAAACAGCAAAUCCUACGGCCAAAAUGAUGGAGCCAAACUGGUGAUGAAGAAAUGAAGGAGGAUAUUAAUAUUAUUAUUACCUUUAUAAAAUGUCAUCAAAAUUAUGUAAAAUUUGAUGGAGUUUAAUAAUUAUAUUAUAUUAUAUAAUAAUAUAAUAUAUAAUAUUAUUAUAGUAAACGGGAAACGUAUUAUGCAUAAUAUAGUGAAAUAAACAUCGUGUGUUUUUUUAA